AUGGAUAUUGAUACCAAAAUCAAAGCGUAUCGCUUCGUCGCCUAUUCGGCCGUCGUCUUCUCUGUGAUUGCCGUGCUUUCGGUUUGCAUCACUCUUCCAAUCGUCUACAAUUAUGUUCACUCUGUGCGUCGCCAAUUGCACAGCGAGGCUCUCACCUGUAAGGGAAGCAUGAAGGACGUGUGGGCUGAUGUGCACAAUCUCCGCAUUGAUUCCGCUUCGAACCGUACCGCCCGCGCCGUCCGCUAUGGACGCGACGAUCACGCCGCCGGACCAAACUUCGACAGCGGUUGCGAGGGCUGCUGCCAGCCGGGACCACAAGGAGCGCCGGGUGCGCCAGGAAAGCCGGGACGUCCAGGAAAGCCGGGAGCGCCAGGAUUCCCUGGAAAUCCAGGAAAAGCUCCACAGAAGCCGUGCGAGGAGAUCACACCGCCACCAUGCAAGCCAUGCCCACAGGGACCACCAGGAGCCCCAGGACUUCCAGGACCACAAGGAGAUCAAGGAGAGCCGGGAACGCCGGGAGCACCAGGACAAGACGCCGCGCCAGGAGAGCCGGGACCAAAGGGACCGAACGGAGCGCCAGGAAAGCCGGGAUCUCCAGGAGCGCCGGGAGAGGAGGGUCUUCCAGCCGUUUGCGAUCCAGUCCAGAAGGGAGAGCCAGGACCAACUGGAGAGCCAGGAGAGACUGGACCAGCUGGACCACCAGGACAGCCAGGAAACGACGGAGCUCCAGGUGCCCCUGGACCAAAGGGAGCCCCAGGACCAGACGGCAAGCCGGGAGCCGAUGGAAACCCAGGAGCCAAGGGACCCGUCGGACCACCAGGACAUCCAGGAGAGCGCGGUAUCUGCCCGAAGUACUGCGCCAUCGAUGGUGGAAUCUUCUUCGAGGACGGAACCCGCCGUUAA